AUGGAUUACUUGCCAAAGACCAGUAUGGUGUCGUCGCCGGAGGGGGCAAAGGUGCUGGACGCGUACAAGAAGGCCCUCGCGACAGCGGCCUCGGUGACCGCGUACGCCAUGCUUGCGCGCGGCAUGGCGCGGGAGCUCCUCCCCGACGAGUUGCGCGCCGCGGUGAGCUGGGGCACGGCGCUGUUGCGCUCCCGCCUCGGCGCCCGCGAGAAGGAGCGCCGCACCAUCGUGAUCCGGCGCCAGCUCGGCAACAGCGCGUACGGCGGCGAGAACGACCUGUUCGACGCGUCGCUCACGUACCUAGCCACCAAGAUCGACCCGCACACGAUGCGCCGGCUCUGCCUCGAGCGGUCUCGCAAGAAGGAGCACGACGGGAGCAGCAGCUGGAGCACGCUCCUGUGUAUGGAGCACGGAGGCUCCACCACCGACGCCUUCGAAGGCGUUGAGUUCCACUGGACGUCCGUCGAGAGCGGCAGUGACGGCAACAACAACAACAGGGGCAAGGAAUCCCUGGAGCUCAGCUUCGACGUGGAGCACACGGAAACCGCGCUCGACAAGUAUGUGCCCUUCAUUAUGUCCACGGCGGAGGAGCUGCGGCUACGGGACCGCGCCCUCAAGAUCUUCCUCAACCAGGGUUCUGGUUGGAAAGGCAUCAACCACCACCACCCUGCCACGUUCGAGACGCUCGCCAUGGAUCCGUCCAUGAAGCAGUCGGUCAUCGCAGACCUCGACCGGUUCCUCAAGAGGAAGGAGUACUACCGGCGGAUCGGAAAGGCGUGGAAGCGCGGCUACCUUCUCUACGGCCCGCCUGGCACCGGCAAGUCCAGCCUGGUCGCCGCCAUGGCCAACUAUCUCCGGUUCAACCUCUACGACCUCGAUCUCUCCGGGGUGUACGACAACUCGUGCCUGCAGAGGCUCCUCAUCGACAUGCCCAACAAGUCCAUCCUCGUCAUAGAGGAUAUUGACUGCAGCUUCGACACCAUGUCAAGGGAACCCCGCAAGGCGCCUGGGGCGGGAGACACCUACUACUCCUCGGAGGAGGAGGAGGACCACGAGGAGUACGAGCGCCGAGCAGGAGGAGGUUACCAGCAGGAGCGCAAGAUCACGCUCUCAGGCCUGCUCAACUUCAUCGACGGGCUGUGGUCCACCAGCGGCGAGGAGCGCAUCAUCGUCUUCACCACAAACUACAAGGACCGUCUCGACCGGGCGCUGCUAAGGCCGGGCCGCAUGGACAUGCACGUCUACAUGGGCCACUGCGGAUGGGAGGCGUUCAAGACGCUGGCCCGGAACUACCACCUCGUCGACGACCACGCUCUCUUCCCGGAGAUACAAGCUUUACUUGCGGUGGUGGAGGUGACGCCGGCCGAGGUGUCCGAGAUGCUCUUGCGGAGCGAAGAUGUCGAUGCUGCCCUAGGGGUGCUCAUGGAAUUCCUCCAAGGAAAGAGACGACGAAGCCAAGGGGAAGCAGAAGAGAUCUCCUCCGGCAAAGCUGAAGCCCCCACGAGCGAUAUGGAGCAAAAAGCUUUGCACUACGAGUUGCAUAAAAACAUCGCGCUGCAACGUCGUGCCUCCACUUCUCUCGCUGCGGCUUCCUCCGAGUUGGAAACUCUACGUGCUUCACAGAAAGAUCUUGAAGCGAAGCUCGUAGAGGCAGAACAGAAAAUUUCUGAGAAGAACUCGGAGCUUGCCCGCAAAACUGGUGAGUUUGAACUGAAAAAACAGACUGACAGCGACAUCAUCCAGAAGCAGCAAAAAGAAAUUGGAGGUCUUCGCAACUAUAUGAAGACAGCAGAGAGCUGCUGGGACUUGCUCAACUCCGACGUCAUGGAUCCGCUUGGAUAUGAUGAGGAACGUCGGAGCCAGUUCCCGCGCGACGACCUGCUACAGCUUGCCGGAGAGGACUGCAAGGAUCUCAUUUCCGCCUCCAGGAAAAUCUUCUUCUUCGGCACGGGGCGCAGCCGCCAUGUCCUUGGCUAUGUGCUUAGCGCAUAA